ACGCGUGUCGAGAUGUUCACUUUAGCGUCAUAGAUGCUUGAUAUGUCAAAGAUAGUGUUGCAAUAUAUAGGCGAUUUUUACCUAAAUAAAAUCGAGGCAGUUGUAUAAACAAUUGUAGAGGUCAUUAAAGCACUACGUAAACGUAUUUCUUUUCAUGAUCAAACACAGAUUGUUGUUGGCUGUUGUAGGUUACAAACAAACACGUCACCAAUGUGUUCUGUAAAUUGAAGGCAAAUGCCGAGUGUCAUGGAAUAGCAGGAAACACUAAAUACCUAUUUCUGCUAAGCUUUAUUUCGCUCUAAAAUAGAGCUUCUGAGGUAGUGAGCAAUUUAUCAUUUUAUUGGCAUACUGUCAUGUAUUAGUUUCCCGAAAGCGAAUUCUAACCUUAUCCAAUGGUUAUGUUGAGCGCGGAUAGAGGCAGAAUUCUGUAAAACCAUUGUCGAUAUUAUUAAAUGAACGUACAUCAUUUUUGAAGAUAUGGGGACAGAAGAAACCAACAAUAUUCGCCAUCAAGAGGCAAACCACACAGUUACUGCCAAACCGAAGUUUAUGAAACUGUCAUCGUAUGUUUUGGCACUAAGGCCUUGGUCCUUAAGCGGGUCUUUGAUGCCUACCUUAUUGGGAUGUGCACUAUCAUACAAGUGUGGAUACUUCAGUUGGGUUAUAUUAUUACUGACGUUGUUUACAGUCGUGACAGUGCAUGGUGCUGGGAAUGUUGUGAACACGUACUUCGAUUACGUGAAGGGUAUAGAUGGACGAAAGAGUGAUGAUCGUAUCCUUGUAGACCAUAUUUUGUCUAAGGAUGAAGUUGUUACACUUGGUGCAAUGUUGUAUGCAGCAGGCUGCCUUGGGUUUAUUUGCUUGGCAGCAGUUUCACCGGCAAAAAUGGAACACUUGGCUUUGGUGUAUUUUGGCGGACUUUCUAGUUCAUUUCUGUACACUGGUGGAAUAGGAUUGAAGUACAUCGCAUUAGGUGACGUUAUAAUACUCAUUAUAUUUGGACCUAUAUCAGUGUUGUUUUCCUUCAUGUCCCAGACAGGGCAUGUCGACUGGGGAACGAUUUAUUAUGCAAUUCCAUUAGCGUUAAACACAGAAGCUAUCUUACACAGCAACAAUACAAGAGAUCUGGAAAGUGACAGCCGUGCUGGAAUUGUAACACUUGCUAUAUUGAUUGGACAAACAGCUUCACAUAUUUUGUAUGCAUUUCUCCUUUUUACCCCAUAUAUUUUAUUUGUGGCUCUAGGUCUUAGAUACUCUAUGUGGUUCCUGCUACCACUUACGACAUUACCUGCAGCAUUUCGCAUAGAAAAGCAUUUUCGCUGCCUGGAGACUAUUCAGACAGUACCUAGAAAAACUGCAAAAUUAAAUUUAUAUUUUGGUUUUUUGUAUGUUCUUGCCUGCAGCCUGGUAGAUGCAAAUCAUAUGCCUUUUCUACACUGAUUUAAUUUUCAGUGUAGUGCUACAACUAUCACACUAAAGAGGUGUAUUGGUUAUGUACAUUCUGGGUGCAAUUAUUGAAUGUUUAUGAGCACCUCAAAAUUUUGUUUUGUUUCUCUAAAUGAUUAAUUUGAUUAUUAACUGAUCAAAUGAUUUACUUAUAAUGCCAGAUUUGGCUUAAAACAUCUUAAAUUACUUCGGGAAAUAUGUAACUGAAGUUAGGUCAAAAAUGAAGGGAAAAGACAGUAAAGUAAUAUCUUGUAAACUUUAGACAUAUUUCCUGCUAUUCAGGCCUAUGGCAUUUUAGAACAGCAUGAAACAGUUAGCUGUCAGUUACCUUUCUGGUUUUUCGGACACAUACUUUGAAAAAUGUUACUUAUUUGCUUUACUUAAUUUUUUAAUCAUCGCUGAAUGGCCUUCAGCAUUACCAGUAUAAGGUCACUGGCAGUGGUACAAUUCUAUCUAAAAUGCUUAUCAAUUGGGUGUUGAAGCAAGUAUUGUUACUAAACAAAGAAUAGCCUUGUAAUAACAAGCCUGUAGAAAUAAAUGUGGAAGGUUUAAUAACACAAGCUACUGAAUCACAAAAUUUUAUUGAAAGCCCUCUUCAAGUGCUUGAAGAGAAAUUCGUGUUAUACAUGUAGGAAGCUGUGUUCUUUGGCUGAUAAGAUUUGUACUGAAGUAUUAGGCUAUUUAAGUUGUGACAACAGUUGUGAAAGUGUGGUGCAAGUUAAUGAUAUACCCAGAAUGCAGAGUUAACUGAAUGGAUUCCAGAGGAAAACCAUAAACACUGAGUCAGUAACGAAGAAAUGUGAACUCUUCAUAUCUCUCUCUGUUGUGGUAGCUUGUCUAUCUAAUAGUUAAUGACCAUACCUACAUGCAUUCGUGAUGUGUUUGACAAUAAGGACCAAGAUAGGUGUAAGUGUGUUAUGCAGGACUUUGUUUCAAUACAGGAUUACCUCAUAUGCCUAAAUAUCGAUAAUAAGAGCAGCUGCUUUGAGAUGUUUCAUUGUAUGAAUAUGUGCUAAUGUAAUCAUUGUUGUGAUUAUAUGUGGUAAGUUAUCAAGACUAAUAUUUAAAUAUUUAGAUGUUCUAUUUUGAAACAUUGUCAAUAUGUGUAGGUCAGUGUUCAUUUUUUAUAUUGGGGUUUGAGUACUUAAAAGAGGAUUCAGUGAUUUUAUGAUCUGCAGCCAUUUAACUACAAGCAGUAUAAGCUAAAAUAAAUUCAAUUUUUGGUGAAAUAACGUAGCUGCAGUGUAGCAAAUAAUAGUCUAUACCAUGCUUAACAUUCUGUGAACAUGUCUCUGUUUUGGCAGUAAAUGAAAUGGCACUAAAAUCAUCUUUCACAGAUUUAGUUAGUACUGUACAGUCUAAACGAGCAAGAAAUGUUACACUUCAGAAGAAUUUUAACAUCACAUAUCUCUGUUAUUUUCAGUUUUUUGUUCUGAUUUAGAGCCUAUAUUGUUUUUAAUUAUUAAUAUUUCUUUGAAUUUUUGUGCUGGGCUGUUCAAGCCAAAACAAAGACUCUGUGUAGUUACAGCUUCAUAGCUGAAUGGUGCUUGAACUUAUUUACUGUAUCAACGUAAAAGUGUCUGUGAGCUUAUUACCUGUCACUGUGUGUGUGUGUGUGUGUGUGUGUGUGUGUGUGUGUGUGUGUGUGUGUGUGUGUGGUAGAGAGAGAGAGAGAGAGAGAGAGAGAGAGAG